GCAGUGAGGGAGAGUUGGUUGUCGAGUGUCACACCCAGGUUCCUCGCAGUCUGGGUGGUGGCUAACACAGAGUUGUCAACGGUAAUAGUCAGGUCGUGGGUGGAAGAGCCUUUCCCAGGAAGGAAAACUUGUUCAGUCUUGUCAAGGUUAAUUUUACUAUUCAAGAAAGAAAAAAGGAAAAGCUUCCGGUCUCUUUAAGUAACAUGACACCCUCGGAAAGUGAAAGUUAAAUUCUUUCUUGGGAAACUCCCUCGACAGAGUUUUUGUUCCUGCUUCACGGAUCCAAACCAACACCAAAAUGGCGUCCAGCUUCAGCCUCUUAUCUGAGGAUCAGCUUCUGUGUCCGAUCUGCCUGGACACAUUCACUAAACCAGUCUCCACACCAUGUGGACACAACUUCUGCCUAUCCUGUCUCUCAUCCUACUGGGACAACGAACGUGUCUAUCAGUGCCCGGUCUGUAAGGAGAGGUUCGAGAGGAGACCCGAUCUCAAGGUCAACACCUUCAUCUCAGGGCUUGCGUCGCAGUUCAGGUUGCUUCAAGUCACAAAUGCUCACACCUGGAGCCCGGGCCCAUCAAAGGAGAGCGCAGAAUGUGCGGUGCUGUGCGAUGUUUGUACUGACGUCCAGCAACAGGCUGUCAAAUCCUGCUUUGAGUGUCUGACUUCGUACUGCAGCGUUCAUCUGGAGCCUCAUCACAGAGCUGCCGGACUGAAGCGACACACACUGGUCGACCCUCUGGCAAACCUGCAGGAUAAGAUCUGCAAGGAGCAUAACCGCAUUCUUAGAUUGUUUUGUUUAAGCGAUAAAGUGUUGCUGUGUGACAUCUGCUUUCGUUCUCAGCACAUGAACCAUGAUGUUGUUCCUGUGCAGCAAGCAUACGGAGAGAUGAAGGAUCUGCUGGGAGACACAGAGGCCAGAGUGCAGCUGAUGAUCCAGGAAAAGCAACAGAAGCUGGAAGCAAUGAAGGAGUCGGUGAAAGAAAGCAAGAGAGAAACCAGUGAGGUGAUAGCGGAGAGCGUGAAGGAGUUAACAGCGCUGGUGUCUGAGGUUCAGAGGAGCCAGACGGAGCUCGUGAAAGUGAUGGAGGAGAAGCAGAAAGCAGCAGAAGAACAAGCAGGUGUUUUUAUUGUCGUUUUGGAGCAGGAGCUCAUUGAGCUGCAGAGGAUGAAGAUGAAGCUGAUGGACAUAAAACAGACUGAAGACCAGCUCUGUUUCCUCCAAACCUUCCCAGAAUCCGUCGUCCUACCACUCAAUACGGACCUGCCAUCGUUCAGCUUCAACAGACACGUGGAGCUACAGAAUGUGCAGAAACAUCUGAGCAGCUCCGUGUCUCAACUGCAAACGUUGCUGAAGAAAAUGACGACGGAAAUCACAACAUUCUCUGCAUCCAACGAUGUCACCCUGAGGAACCUGCAGCAGUAUGAAGUGAACGUUCUGCUCGACCCUGACACAGCUUACCCUCUGCUUGUUUUGUCCGACGAUGGCAAACAGGUGAGAUACGACAAGAGCCCAGGUCGGGUGUACCCCAAGAGGCCGAACGCGUUCAAGCGUCAUCUUGGAGUUCUGGGACAAAGAGGCCUUUUGUCUCAAAGGUUUUACUUCGAGGUGCUCGUGAGUCAGAAGACCGAGUGGUGUCUGGGUGUGGCCACGGCUUCGGUCCGGAGGAGAAGGGAAGUCACUCGGAAUCCUGACGGCGGAGUGUGGGCCAUCAAGUUUCGGGUAAAAAGUUUUGAAGCCUUCAGUUCUCGAGGUGUGACGGUAUACAAGGGGAAAGUAGAGAGGGUCGGAGUGUUCGUUGAUUAUGACAAAGGUCAAAUAUCGUUCUAUGACGUACAGACCGCAACACUUAUCUUCUCAUUUAGUGACUGUCUCUUCACUGAGGAGCUUUAUCCAUAUUUUAACCCAUGUGAUAAUGAAUGUGGUUCAAACUUGGAUCCGAUGGUCAUAGUCCCAGUCACUCGUACGGAGUCUUCACUGACACCAUAAUCUGUGGGUUAAUUUUUCAAAGGAUUUCAAAGCACUUUGUAUGAAAUGAAGACAUUUUGUCUGGAGAUGAAGCAUCUUUAAAAUUCCUGUUUGGUUUAGAUCCUUAAAUCUUUAAAUAUUUUCCUAUUGAGUGUGUCUGUGUGUAUGAGUGUGUAGUGAACUGAUACUUUUUACAACCUUUAAUCCAAUCAAGCAGCACCAAAUUACACACUAAUAGAUAACAGAAAUACCUUGAUGAUUUUUGUAAUCUAGAUCUAUGAAAUGUUUCACAGGAAAACUGUGAAAAUGUCAAUAUCUCACAAUGUUAAAGAAAGAUUACUGGUUCCAUCACUGAUCUGGAUCCAUACCAAAAUUUGAUGGGUUCUUCCUUGAUGCACACCACAUCAUCCUAUGAUUCAUCAACUCAUUGAAUCAGUUGAGAUGAGUGAUGAAGAAACAACAAUAACCUGAAUCUAAAUGAAGCUUUAACAGCCUAACAUGUAAAAAAAACACUACCAUGUCUUUGCAGCUAAGUUUAAUGUAAAGUCGUAUUCAGGCAAAUAUCUAUAGUGAUACAGGACAAUAACAUAUCCAUGUUAUAUUUAAAUAACACUAUUUUCAUGUUCUCAUGUUCAUUUUGUGACAGUUUAAAUGUAUUUUAUAUGAUUUACUGCUGAAUCCCUGCGAGGUGAAACCUCUGUCCUCAUCACAUGUGCUGUCACUGGGCGGUUCAGUGUAGUUUCCUGCUGUCAUCCCUCUCACAGGUGACUUCUACUGCCAGUUCACAGGUGUAAGGGGGCGGGGCUUAGGAGAACAAAGAGGUGAAUUGUUUGGUGUAAAAGGGAGUUUACUUAGCGAGGAGGAAUGGGGAAAAUAAGUUGUAUGGUGAUACCUCACCCACAAGGAAUUAGAGAAUACAGUGUGAGUGAAAGACCAAGCCCACUGAGCAGAAAGUUUUUUCUCUUGUUGGACUCAUAUUCCCCUGUUCCUCAAGUUCGAUUCUUUUUUGGGGGUUUUGUUUUUGCAAUGCUUUACGUUUCCUGAGUUAUAUUUUUGCAUUUUGAAGGAGGGACCUGUACUGAUUUUGUCUUUAAUUUUAUGGACCUUUUCCAUGGCCUGAUGCAGCUGCCUAAGGAGUUUUUUUUCUCUUGUUGGAUUUACCUUAUGGACAUUUAAUAAGUGGACAUUCAUUAUUUUCUGUGACCUUACGUUUGGGGGAGUGUUCUUAAUAAAUUGGUGUGUUGGCAUA